UAGGUGAUGGGAUGAGUUACUGGGACCAGCGCUGCUAAAGCUAUUGUCUCACUGAGGCUAAGGGGUUCCUGGGCCAGUCCGUAGUGCUCCGAGAGUAUUUGAAUAUUGUGUGAUAGGUGUUUAAAAUCGUGUCCAGGAUCUGAGCUCCCCAGAAGGUGGAGCUGGUCUUCUAGGCAAACCCUGGAUGCCUUUAGUUACCACCUACCGCCGUUCUUUUCCUUCUUUUUUCAUUUGAGAAAGGAACCUGUUCUUAGACACUCCCACCUCCUUCCUUCGAACACUGAUAUAUUGACUGGCAAGAGACAUAGCAGGGAUGCAAAGCCUCAGGUACAAGGUGAACUGUGGACUUCAUCUGGUUAUUCAAACGUCGUCACUUUCUGACAAAAACAAAGUUGAAUUCAAGCUUAAUAGAGAAACACCAUCAUUUCCUGGCAGGCUGCUACAGCAUGACCUGGAGAGAAACUAUGCAAGUAGGCAAGCUAACGUGACAGAACUCUGUGGGCUGGACUUGAGAACUGCCACAAGCUCCUUGUCAGCAUUUGGAGACUCUUCCAUUCAGACACCUUCAAAGCCCAGAAUCCGGCAGGGCUGUCAUAGUGCUGGCCCCAAUGUAUCUGGUGAUCACAAUAAUCUGGUGACCUCAUCCAUGCCGUCGUUUCCUAUUCUCCAGCGUUCUUCUGAAGAGAAGGUUCUUUACUCAGACAGGCUGACCCUAGAAAGACAAAAGUUGACCGUGUGUCCUAUCAUCGAUGGGGAAGAGCACCUUCGUUUGUUGAACUUUCAGCACAAUUUUAUAACUCGGAUUCAAAAUAUUUCUAAUCUACAGAGGUUAAUCUUCUUGGACUUAUAUGAUAACCAAAUUGAAGAAAUUAGUGGGCUUUCUACUCUGAGAUCCCUCCGUGUCCUUCUCUUAGGGAAAAACAGAAUCAAGAAAAUCUCAAAUCUGGAGAAUCUAAAAAAUUUAGAUGUCUUGGACCUUCAUGGAAAUCAGAUUACCAAAAUCGAAAAUGUUAAUCAUUUGUGUGAUUUGAGAGUUUUAAACCUUGCCAGGAACCUCUUGAGUCAUGUUGACAAUCUCAACGGUCUGGAUUCACUAACUGAACUUAACCUUCGACACAAUCAGAUCACCUUUGUGAGAGAUGUGGAUAAUUUGCCCUGCCUCCAACGCCUCUUCCUCAGCUUCAACAAUAUAUCUAGCUUUGACAGUGUAUCCUGCCUUGCUGAGUCAACUUCCCUCUCGGACAUCACCUUUGAUGGCAAUCCAAUAGCUCAAGAGUCAUGGUACAAGCACACGGUCCUUCAGAAUAUGAUGCAGCUGCGCCAGCUAGACAUGAAGCGAAUCACGGAAGAAGAAAGACGUGUGGCAUCUGUCGUAGCCAAGAAAGAGGAGGAAAAGAAGAGGGAGAGUCACAAGCAGUCCCUGCUGAAGGAAAAGAAAAGGUUAACGAUUAACAACGUUGCUCGAAAGUGGGACUUGCAGCAACGAGUAGCCAAUAUUGCCACCACUCAGGACAGAAAGGACUCCGAGUCUCCUCCUCAGGAACCCUGUCAGAUCGAUGGAGGCACCAUCUCUGCAUUUCCAGAGGAAGUAGGGUCUCUAGAUCCAGGACUCAACAAUGCGUUACAAGGCCUAUCUGUCACAGAAACACACUUGGUGGAAGUGGAUGGAGAGACCCUCUCACUGUAUGGCUCGGGGGCACUGGAGUGCCUGGAUCGGAACUGGAGUGUUCAAACAGCCGGCAUGGUCACCACCGUCUCAUUCACAUUCAUUGAGUUUGAUGAAAUUGUCCAAGUGCUCCCCAAACUGAAGAUGAAGUUUCCAAAUUCCCUGCACCUUAAAUUCAAGGAGACCAACCUUGUAAUGCUGCAGCAGUUCAACGCCCUAGCACAACUUCGUCGGGUUGACCAGUUGACAAUCGAUCCUCAGGGAAACCCAGUGGUCAACUUCACACUCUGGAAAUACUACGUGCUGUUUAGGCUCAGCCACUUCAGCAUGCAGAAAAUAAAUGGAACAGAGGUGACACAAAAUGACAUGAUAAUGGCUGAAAGGCUCUUUGGAAUCCUAGCACACGUAGCGUCUUCUGGGUUGCCUCAGUACCGCAUGAUUUCAAUUCUGGGUGAUGCCAGGAAAAAGCAAUUCCGAUAUCUACUGGAAAGCAAAGGUAAAAAACCUGGCCUCAUCAAUGAGGAGACUAGCGACAGCAAGCGGCUCAUGGGGGAGAACACGAACCGCUCUACGCUGACUUACACCACCAGAGAAUUCUACCACGAGAAGCUGGAGGAAAUAAAGGAAAAGAAGAAGUUCUGCAAGGUGUAUGUAGAAGACCUGGUGAAGGAGGCCACGGCCAUCAACAUGAAAAACGAAGCUCUGCAGAAGCUGUGGCCUCAGAUGUUCAUCGAGCUGGUCAGGGACGCCGUCAUAGAGAUCCGCAGCAAAGAUUCUUACAUGAAGCUCUGCCUGCAGCAGGUCACUGACCAGAAAUAGGGAGGCCUCCCGCUGCGGACCACUUGGGCAAUUGGAGCUUUUUGAAAGUUUGUCAAGAUGCAGGUUAGACAUGCGGAGACAACAGCACGAUCCCACAGAAAGAGUGGCAUCAAAGCCUCGCUGCCUGCACUGUCGAGAGAAGAGCAAGGCCGGAGAGAUGGAGGACUCCUUUCCCGUGCAUGCUGACCACACACAGCCUUGGGAAACCAAGCAGCCAUUGGAGGAGGCCUGGCUACUGGCUCGGAAAUGCUUCUUCAGCUCCCGCUCUCACUGGUGCGCCUGCUCCAGCCCCGAGCACAUAGUGAGUGCUGAUAGGCUACCAUGAGAUGCCUCUACCAACCUCUAGCCGAGACUUCUCUCUCUCUCUCUCUCUCUCUCUCUCUCUCUCUCUCUCUCUCUCUCUCUCUCUCUCUCUCUCUCUCUCUCUCUCUGCCUUUUUAUUUUAUGUCAUGAUUUCAAAGCCAAGCAUAUGUUCUUUUUUUAUGAGUGAAGAAUAAAUACAUUAGUUUAAAAAAAAGUCCAA